AUGAAGAUGUUACCCUCUUUCUUCUCUGCCCUACUCUUCUCUGCCCUACUCUUCUCCUAUCUUUCAGUUGUCGUUCAAGCCGCCUGCUACUACCCCAACGGAAGCAUCGCCCCCAACGAUACACCAUGCCGAGAUGACACGGCCGAGUCGGCCUGCUGCGGUCAGGGCUACGCGUGCCUUUCGAACGGCAUGUGUCAAGCGACGGGGCAAGAGUUGCAGAAGGGCGGCGCGACGGAGCUUGUGAGGGGAGCAAUCCGCAACGGCAAUUACAACCAUCGGCGUCAUACAAACCACGACAGAAUCGUCUUCGACGACGUCGACGGUAUCACAGGAGACUCAGGUCACGAACUCCCCGUCUCAGGCACCUUCAGCACCCACGAUGAACCCGUCCCGUCUCCCAAGCUCGAACCCUGUAAUCACGAGCACUGGUGCGCCACACAGUCCUACAAGCAGUCCAGACACUGA